AUGGGGGGAUCGCGGGUGCAGCUAUGGGGACCCGGGACAGGUGGACGUAGGAGCACGGCGGGUCUGGAGGAGUGGGACGCAGGAUACGGGGAGUGCGGACGCGGAAAUAAAGGCGAGAGGGGUACAGACACAGGGCUGCGGAGGAGGUAUGGAAGUGGCCGCAGGGCCCUGAGGGCGGUGCAGGUGGAGGAGUGCCGGUGCCCGCCGGGCUAUCGGGGCCUGUCCUGCCAGGACUGUGCCCCCGGCUACACGCGCACCGGGGGCGGCCUGUACCUGGGGCACUGCGAGCUGUGCGAGUGCAACGGCCACUCCGACAGCUGCCAUCCCGAGAGCGGCCUCUGCUCCGGCUGCCUGCACAACACGGCGGGGGAUUUCUGCGAUCAGUGUGCGCCUGGCUUCUACGGGGAUGCCACCGCUGGCACGCCUGAGGACUGCCAGCCCUGCGCCUGCCCGCUGCUGCACCCGGAGAACCAGUUCUCAAGGACCUGUGAGAGCCUGGGAGGUGGCGGGUAUCGCUGCACCGCCUGUGCGCCAGGAUACACGGGGCAGUACUGCGAGCGGUGUGCUCCAGGCUACACAGGGGACCCCACUGUGCGGGGCCAGACCUGUAUCCCGCUGGGCUCUCCAUCCCUGCUUGCAGUCCGUGUCCACCCACCGCGCACGGCGGUGCCACAGGGCAGUGCGGUCACAUUGCGGUGCCAGGCCAGUGGGGAGCCCCCCCUGUACUACCACUGGUCCCGGGAGGAUGGGCGGCCCCUGCCCAGUAGUGCACAGAGCCGGCGGCAAGGUGAGGAGCUGCACUUUGCCAACAUCCAACCCUCUGAGGCCGGUGUCUAUGUCUGCUCCUGCCGCAACCUGCAGCACAGCAACACCAGCCGUGCCGAGGUCAUCGUCACCGAGACCCCCAGCAAGCCCAUCACCGUCACUGUGGAGGAGAAGAGGGUGCAGAGAGUGAAGCCUGGGGCUGAUGUCACCUUCAUCUGCACAGCUAAGAGCAAGUCCCCUGCCUACACCCUGGUGUGGACACGGCAGAACCACGGGACGCUGCCAUCACGCGCCAUGGAUUUCAACGGCAUCCUCACCAUCCGCAAUGUGCAGCCUGAGGACGCCGGUGUCUACGUAUGCACUGGCUCCAACAUGCUGGACAUGGACGAGGGCACAGCCACGCUCUAUGUCCAGGCCCCUUCAAAGACCCAGAUGUAUUAUGGACCUGUUGAGUUUAUGGAGGGGCACAGACCGGCUGCCACUGCCACCGCCCCCACCGCCAGUGUGGAGCCGGCGCAGCUGAGCGUGGCACUGGGGCAGCCGGCCGAGUUCCGCUGCGUGGCCACCGGCAGCCCUACGCCCACCCUUGAGUGGCUCGGUGCGCUGCCACCACGAGCGGUUGUCCAGGGUGACACACUGCGGUUCAGUGCUGUCGAGCCCUCCGAUGAGGGGCACUACGCAUGCCGCGCACGCAGCAGCGCUGGGCAGGACAUGGCACGGGGUUACCUUCGUGUGCAAGGUGCCGAUGAGCCAAGGGUGCAGGUUAGCCCAGAGCGGACGGAGGUGCAGGAGGGCUCAACAGUGCGGCUGUACUGCCGUGUGUCGGGGUCACCCACUGCCACCAUCUCCUGGGAGAAGCAGGGUGGCACUCUGCCGCCCCAGUCCCGCUCUGAGCGCACUGACAUCGCCACGCUGCUCAUUCCCUCCAUCACUGUCGCUGACGGUGGCAUCUACCUCUGUGUGGGCACCAGUGCUGCCGGCACGGCUCGCGCCAGCAUCGAGGUGGUGGUGGUGCCAGGAGCUGCACCACCUGUGCGCAUUGAAUCCUCAUCACCUUCUGUGACUGAGGGACAGACCCUGGACCUGGACUGUGUGGUGGCAGGAUCCGGCCAUGUCACCGUCACCUGGUACAAGCGCGGUGGCUCCCUGCCUGCAGGCCACCAGGUAUCAGGGUCCCGUCUCCGUGUCCCUCACGUCACCGUGGCUGAUUCAGGCGAGUAUGUGUGCCGGGCGAGCUCGGGGACCAGUGUCCGGGAGGCCUCUGUCAUCGUCACCGUCGUGUCCAGUUCUGGUUUGUCCUAUGGACCACCGGCCUCAGGUGGCCAGGCUCCCGUCAGGAUUGAGGCGUCCUCCUCCGCCGUGGCUGAAGGACAGACCCUGGACCUCAACUGUGUCAUCGCCAGCCCCUCGCAGGCCACUGUCACCUGGUACAAGCGCGGCGGGACCCUGCCAGCCAGGCACCAGGUGUCUGGCUCCCGGCUGCGGCUGCUGCAGGUGACAGCGGACGACUCAGGUGAGUACGUGUGCAGGGUGAGCAGCGGGGCCACCACCAAGGAAGCCAGCGUCAUGGUGACAAUCCAGCCCAGCGGGGCCGGCUCCUACCCCUCAGGCGGCACGACACCGCUGCGCAUCGAGUCCUCAUCCUCCACCGUUACUGAGGGACAGAGCCUGGACCUCAACUGUGUCAUUGCCAACUCUGCACAAGCCACUGUCACCUGGUACAAGCGUGGCGGGUCCCUGCCGGCCAGGCACCAGGUGUCUGGCUCCCGGCUGCGGCUGCUGCAGGUGACAGCGGCCGACUCAGGCGAGUACGUGUGCAGGGUGAGCAGCGGGGCCACCACCAAGGAAGCCAGCGUCAUGGUGACAAUCCAGCCCAGCAGGGCCAGCUCCUACCCCCCAGGUGGCACAACACCGCUGCGCAUUGAGUCCUCAUCCUCCACUGUCACCGAGGGACAGACCCUGGACCUCAACUGCGUCAUCGCCAGCCCUGCACAAGCCACUGUCACCUGGUACAAGCGUGGCGGGUCCCUGCCGGCCAGGCACCAGGUGUCUGGCUCCCGGCUGCGGCUGCUGCAGGUGACAGCGGCCGACUCAGGCGAGUACGUGUGCAGGGUGAGCAGCGGGGCCACCACCAAGGAAGCCAGCGUCAUGGUGACAAUCCAGCCCAGCGGGGCCGGCUCCUACCCCUCUGGUGUCACGCCCCCGGUACGCAUUGAGUCCUCGUCAUCCUCUGUGUCUGAGGGACAGACUCUGGACCUUGACUGCAUUGUAGCCAGCCAGGGCCAGGCCACCGUCACCUGGUACAAGCGUGGUGGGUCUCUGCCAGCCAAGCACCAGGUGUCGGGCACCCGCCUGCGCAUCCCCCAGGUGUCAGCGGGCGAUUCGGGCGAGUACGUGUGCCGGGUGACCACAGGCAGCGUCACACAUGAGACAUCCCUCAUUGUCACCAUCCAGACUGGUGCUGGCUCCUCAUAUGCUGUGGGCGUCACGCCACCUGUGAGGAUUGAGACUUCGUCCGCCUCCGUCACUGAGGGACAGACCCUGGACCUCAACUGCAUGGUGGCCGGGCAGGGCCACCCCCAAGUCACCUGGUACCGGCGUGGCGGGGCUCUGCCCCCCAACAGCCAGGUGUCAGGCACCCACCUGCGCCUCGCCCAGGUGUCAGUGGCUGAUUCGGGCGAGUAUGUGUGCCGGGUCACCCUGGGGACUGCCACACAGGAGGCUUCUGUCAUUGUCACCGUGCCCAGCAGUGCUGGCACCUACUACUCCCCUGGAGCCUCCCAGCCUGUGCACAUCGAGUCCUCGUCCUCUGCCAUCGCCGAGGGACAGACCCUUGACCUCAACUGUGUGGUGACAGGAUCUGGUCCCACUACUGUCACUUGGUACAAGCGUGGUGGCUCCCUGCCUGCCGGCCACCAGGUGUCAGGAACCCGCCUGCGCAUACCUUGGGUGUCGGCGGCCGAUUCGGGCGAAUACGUGUGCCGGGUGACUACGGGAGGUGUCACACAGGAGACGUCCCUCGUUGUCACCAUUGAUGAUGAUGCCGGCCCCUCCCACUCCUCCAGUGUCACGCCGCCUAUCCGCAUUGAGUCCUCAGCAUCCUCCGUCACCGAGGGACAGACCCUGGACCUUGACUGCGUGGUCGCCGACCAGGGCCAGGCCACUUUCACCUGGUACAAGCGUGGCGGGUCCCUCCCAGCCAAGCACCAGAUGUCGGGGUCCCGCCUGAGGCUCUCACAGCUCUCCGUGGCCGACUCAGGCGAGUACGUGUGCCGGGCAGACUUGGGCAGCACCUCCCGUGAGGCCACUGUCGUUGUCACCGUCACCUCACGCGACAGCUCCAGCUACCGCCUGCAGAGCCCCAUCAUCUCCAUCGACCCGCACAGCAUGGCUGUGGCCCCGGGUGAGGAUGCCACCUUUAAGUGCCGCAUCCAUGAUGGUGCUCGGCCCAUCAACAUCACCUGGCGGAUGGGACCUGGCCAACACCUCCAAGACAAUGUGAAGAUCAGUGCCAAUGGUUCUGUCAUUUCCAUCGCUGGUGCCCAUGUGGGCAACCAGGGUGCGUACCACUGCGUGGCCUCCAACCGCUUUGGCGUUGCCAGCAGCGUUGUCAACCUCCUGGUGCAAGGUGCCCCCACAGUGUCAGUGAUGCCACCAGGCCCUGUGACGGUGAAGGAGGGCAAAUCUCUCAGCCUGGAGUGCCUGGGCCGGGGUGAGCCACGGCCCCUGGUGCGCUGGAGCCGACUGGGCUCACGGCAGAAGGUGGAGCACCAGACACUGCUGCACAUGGACAGCCAGGCCGUGCUGCAGUUCUCACCAGCCAAACCAGAGCAUGCUGGGACCUACAUCUGCACAGCACAGAGUGCUCUGGGUUCGGCACAAGCUCGCGUAGACGUCAGCGUGGAGACGGCACAGAGGCACCCUGGGGCCCCCAGGGUCACCGCACCGCCCACCAUCACAGUGGUGGCUGGGGACACUGCCACGCUGCACUGCUCGGCCACAGGUGAGCCUGAGCCCAGGAUCGAGUGGUCGAAGCUGCGGGCACCGCUGCCCUGGCAGCACCGCGUGGUGAAUGGCACCCUGGUGAUCCCCCGUGUGGCGCAGCAGGACUCGGGCCAGUACAUCUGCAAUGCCAGCAGCCCCGCCGGCUUCACCGAGGUCUUCGUCACCCUGGAUGUGGAGACCCCGCCAUACGCCACAAGCUUACCGGAGGACAGCGCGGUGCGCGCGGGCGACACGGUGCAGCUGCAGUGCCUGGCCCACGGCACCCCGCCACUGGUGUCCAUCGUGAGCGAGGGCGGGCAGGGCACGCUGACCAUCCGGGACGUGAAGGAAGCCGACCAGGGCGCCUACACCUGCGAGGCCAUCAACACCCGUGGCAUGGUCUUUGGCAUCCCAGACAGCGUCCUCACCGUCACCCCGCGCCCCGGUCCCUGCCCUGAAGGCCACUUCCAGGUGACGGGCACGUCCCGCUGCCUGCCCUGCUUCUGCUUCGGCGUCACCUCCUCCUGCCACGCCACCGCCCGCCACCGCCACCGCAUUCAGCUGAGCUUCGAUCGCCCCGAUGACUUCAAGGGUGUCAAUGUGACGGUGCCAUCGGCCCCAUCCGUGCCGGCCCUGUCAGCCACCCAGCUGCACGUGGACGUGGCCACCGAGGAGUUCCAGCUGCUGGACCUGUCCCGACGCUUCCUGGCCCUCGAUGCCUUCUGGGCAUUGCCAGCCCAAUUCCUGGGUGACAAGGUGGAUGCCUAUGGGGGAGCACUGAGCUAUGGCGUGCGCUACCGGCUGGGCCGAGGGCCCCCCGAGCCAGCCCCCCGCCCCGAUGUGCUGCUGCAGGGCCACGGCCGCCAACUCCGGGCCCAUGCCAGGGCCACCCAGCCCGAUGUCCUCAACCGCCGCCGCAUCCCCUUCACUGAGGACAACUGGGAAGAUGAGACAGGUGCGCCAGUGAGCCGGGAGCUGCUGCUGAUGGUGUUGCAGAGUCUGGAAGGCAUCUUGGUGCGGGCGGUGUAUGAUGGGCGCAUGGCCAGCGUGGGGCUCAGCGACGUGGCCAUGGAUGUCACUGGCCCCAGGGACACUGGCUUGGAACCCGCUGGGGAUGUUGAGGAGUGCAGGUGCCCUGUGGGCUACACGGGGCUGUCGUGCCAGCGGUGUGCUGCCAACUUCGAGAGGGUGCCGCAGGGCCCCUACCUGGGGACGUGCUCCGGCUGCAGCUGCCACGGCCACUCCAGCACCUGCGACCAGGUCUACGGGCAUUGCCUGAACUGCCAGCACAACACCGAGGGUCCCCAGUGUGAGAAGUGCAAACCUGGCUUCUUUGGUGAUGCCACACAGGGCACGGCCACUGCCUGCCGCCCCUGCCCCUGCCCCUACACGGAGCCGGCUCGCAGGUUCUCUGAAUCGUGCUUCCUGGACACAGAUGGCCAGGCCACCUGUGACGCCUGUGCCCCUGGCUAUGCUGGUCGCCGCUGUGAGAGGUGUGCCCCGGGCUAUGAGGGAAACCCCAUCCAGCCUGGCGGCAAGUGCACCCGCAUCGGCCAGGAGCUCAUCAAAUGUGACGCACGUGGAGGCAAGGACGCGGUGGGUGGCACGUGCCGCUGCAAGCCCAACGUGACGGGGCGGCAGUGUGAUGAGUGCGCCGUGGGGACCUUCCACCUGAGUGAUGCCAACCCCGAUGGCUGCCUCAAGUGCUUCUGCAUGGGCGUCUCACGGCAGUGCGCUAGCUCCUCCUGGAGCCGCGAUCAGGUCCGUGUCACCUCUGAGGAGGUGGCACCGCUGCACCUGGCCAACCUGGCGGGUACGAGGACAGCAAUCAAGGGCUCGCGCUUUGCUGCCCCGGGGGAACUCAUCUUCUCAGACUUCCACACGCUGCCUCGUGACGUCUACUUCUGGGUGCUGCCCUCAUCCUUCACUGGAGACAAGGUGACGUCGUACGGGGGUGAGCUGAAGUACACGGUGACACACCACGCACCGGCGGGUGCCCAGCCACUGCAGCACCAGCCCGAUGUCCUGCUGCAAGGCAACGGGAUCUCCCUCAAGUACUUCUCCAAUACCAGCCCCACGCUCGGUGUCCCCACCACCAUCACCGUGCCCUUCCGUGAGCACGCCUGGCGCAGAGCAGAUGGGCGCGAUGCCACCCGGGAGCACCUCCUGAUGGCCCUGGCCAACAUCGACGUCCUCAUGAUCCGCGCGUCGUACUCAGAGCAGCCGACAGAGAGCAGGCUGUCCGAUGUCCGUCUGGAUGUGGCUGUGCCCCAUGCCACUGGCCGGCCGCCGGCACUGGAGGUGGAAGACUGCACCUGCCCCCCCGGCUACCGCGGCCCCUCGUGCCAGGACUGCGACGUGGGCUACUCACGCAGCACCAGCGGGCUCUACCUGGGCACCUGUGAGCGCUGUCAGUGCCAUGGGCAUGCCACUGAAUGCCACCCUGAGACCGGCGAGUGCCAGGGUUGCCGGGACCACACGGAGGGUGCUCAGUGUGACAAGUGCCAGCCUGGCUACUACGGCGAUGCCACCCGCGGGACCCCAGGCGACUGCCGCCCCUGCCCGUGCCAUGGUCCCCGUACUGACAGCCAGAGCUGCUUUGAAGACACAGACGGGCAGCCCACAUGCGGCGCCUGUCCUCCAGGACACACCGGGCGGCUCUGUGAGAGGUGCUUGUCUGGCUACGUGGGGGACCCACUGCGGGGAGAGCUGUGCCGUGAGCCAGGAGCUGCUGGUGGCCAGUGCCAGUGUGACAUGCGGGGCAGCACCAGUGAGCGGUGUGAUGCCAGUGGGCUGUGCCAGUGCAAGGCCAAUGUGGAAGGCCCACACUGUGCCACCUGCCGCCCCCACCACUUCCACCUGAGUGCCGAAAACCCAGCAGGCUGCCAGCCCUGCUUCUGCAUGGGCAUCGUGCAGCACUGCACCAGCACCUCCUACACCCGCGACACGGUGCGAACUCCAUUUGCUGCUGGGAGCUGGCAGGGCUUUGCGCUGGUGAACCGGCAGCGCAGCACCCGCGUGGCCACCGGCUUCAGCGUGGAGAUGGGCACCCAGGGGCCUCAGCUCACCUAUGGGCGCUUUGGGGAGUUGUCCCCCGAGUCCUACUACUGGCAGCUGCCCCAGCCCUACCUGGGCGACAAGGUAACGGCUUGCACCCCGUCGCCCUGUGAGCCCAACGAGUUCAAGUGCCGCAAUGGGCACUGCGCCCUGAAGCUGUGGCGCUGCGAUGGGGACAACGACUGCGGGGACGGCUCGGAUGAGACCGGCUGCCGUGAGUGUGGCGCGGGGCGUGGGGACACGCGGCACGGCGCUGCCUGA